CCAAACCCUUUUUCUCAGAAAACAGACGAACACACUUUUUGACCUGCCUUUACUCUCUUACUCCGAGUCUGUGUGUGUAAAAGUACACACACAUAUACACACCCUUUUGUGAGUUUGUGUGUGUGUUUGUGUGUCUCUGUCCGUCUCUCCACAUGGGUCGAUCUCCUUGCUGUGAGAAAGAGCACACAAACAAAGGGGCGUGGACAAAAGAAGAGGAUGAGCGUCUUGUCAAGUAUAUCAAACAACAUGGUGAGGGCUGCUGGAGGUCCCUUCCAAAAGCUGCAGGUUUGCUUAGAUGCGGCAAAAGCUGCAGGCUGCGAUGGAUAAACUACCUCAGGCCUGAUCUUAAGCGAGGAAACUUUACGGAUGAAGAAGAUGAAAUCAUCAUCAAUCUCCAUAGUUUACUAGGAAACAAAUGGUCUCUGAUUGCUGCGCGGCUGCCGGGUAGAACAGAUAAUGAGAUCAAGAACUACUGGAACACUCAUAUCAAAAGAAAACUCCUAGGCCGUGGAAUUGAUCCCCAAACCCAUAGACCAGUACCGAACUCAUCCGUUUCCACAAGCAGUAACCAGCAGAAUUCCGUAACCAUAAGCCCAUGUCCACCGAACACUCAAAUUUUCGCCAUGCAAACAGUCAGAGACGAGCCCGUGAUGACAAACAACAUCAGUUUUAAGGUAGCAGAUUCCUCAGGCGAAGAGAAUUCCAACAGCAGCAGUGUUUUGUCCGAAGAAUUAACCCCAGAAAUCAACUUGGAACUCUCCAUAAGGCCGCCCCAAUCCCAUGGUCAGUCAAAGCUGGAAAAACAGGAGUUGAAGUAUCAGAUCUUUGGCCAAUCAGUCCCACCAGUUGCCACCACAUCUGCGUGUUUGUGUCAUAGCAUAAGGUUUGAAAAAGGCAGGAGUUCAUGCAACUGUGUAUCCAUGACAAAUGUGAAAGCUGACCAUAUGCAGAGAUUUUAUGGAUCCUUAACUCUAUAAAAUAAGUUUCCAUACUGGAAAACUGCCUUCAAUUAUUAGCUUGUGGCUUUUGCUUUGUGUAUAAUUUCAACAUUCCUUUCUUCU